AUGUUCCCUUCCAAUGCGUCUAACAAGCAGUCAAGCGAGCUCGAAGCUGUCAAACUCUCCGUGCAGUCCAUUGGCCUCGACGAAACUCGACAAAAGUUUCAGAAUCAUUGGAGGACUGUUUCAGACGCGGAUCUGGACUGGCUGGCGGAUGCGCGCUGUACAUCCCUCCGUCUACCUAUAGGCUACUUUACGCUUGGGCCAUCUUUCUGCAGCAAAACUCCCUUUGCUCCAUACGCCACUGUUUACACCGAUGCAUGGUCUUCUGUAAAAGACCUCAUCUACCGCGCGCGAGCCCGUGGCAUCGGCACCCUUAUCGAUCUCCACGCAUUGCCUGGAGGCGCCAACUGUGGCGAGCACAGCGGCACCAAUUCCGGCAAAGCCGAGCUGUGGAACAACGCAGCCAACCUCGCCCUCGCCACGCGCUGCCUUGAGUUCCUCGCUCGAGAAGUCACCUCCAUGGACUGCAUCGUCGGCCUGCAAAUCGUCAACGAGGCUGACUGGGACUCUGCUGGCAUGUACAAGUGGUACGAGUCCGCCAUCUCCGCUAUCGGCUGCAUUGAUGCUAGCAUUCCCAUCUACAUCUCAGACGGGUGGAACUCGUCGAAAGCCUUAGAUUACACUAGCAAGAAGAACUGCCUUUCGUCUCCGGGACCUUCUAACCCCGUCAUUGUGGAUACACACUUCUACUGGGCGUUCACCGAUGAUGACAAGGCCAAGUCGCCGCAACAAAUCACUUCCGAAGUAUGGUCCAAACUUUGCGAGCUAGACGGGAGAGACGGCAGCGUUGUCGACCGUGGUGCCUUCCAAGUCGUUGUUGGCGAGUACUCCUGCGUCAUGACAGAGGAUAGCUGGGCCAAGGGCGGAUGUUCGAGAGAUACCCUCAUCCGCGACUUCGGCGCCGCCCAAUCCGCCCGCUACCAAUCCCGGUCCGGCGGCUCCUUCUUCUGGACCUACGCGAUGGACUGGAUGCCCGGUGGGGAGUGGGGCUUCCGCGCCCAAACCGCCUCCGGUGCCAUCACACCCCCCGCAAAUCUGACCUUAUCCGCCGACGGCGUCCGCGUCAGGCUCUCCAACGCUCAAGCACGCCGAGAUGCUAAGAUGGCGGAGGGUGUGGGCAGCCAUUGUGGCUACUGGGACCGUACUGCGCCGGGCGGCUACUUCGAGCAUUGGCGGUUUGAGAACGGGUGGAAGGUCGGCUGGGCGGAUGCGGCUGCGUUUUUUGAGGCGAGGGUUGCGGUGCGGGUGCCGGGCGGGGCGGGGGGUGACAAAAUUGGAUGUCUUGACGUCUGGGUCAGGAAGCGGAUCAUAGAGAGCGGGAUGCAGGGCAAGUUUCUUUGGGAGUACGAGCAAGGGAUGCGGCAAGGCAUCAGCAGCUUCUACGAGGGGAAAGAUGGAGAGGAUGACUUCAGAAAGAACUAUGGAGAUUACUUUAUCGACGGUAUCGUUGUCGGUGCGGAGGCCGGUGUCCUAUACUCCCGGGCCCAUAGCGAAGUAACCACGACAGAGGUAACCGAGAUUACCGUUAUGAUAAGGUUUCUCUUAUGGAGGAAAAGCUUCGGCCACACAGACGUUCACAUCGAUCGGAGUGAAUCAUGCGCGUACUCUUUAUCCUGUUUCAACACCUUCGAGCAGAAACGCGAAGACAUGGCAACUGACAGAACCUAUGGCGAGGUUAUGGAUGUGGUCACCAGGACAUACUCAAUAAUAGAGCAUUUCGAAGAGCAGAUAAGGGAGCGCAGAGACAAGCUGUUUGCAACGCGGGACAAGCCAGGACUCUGGGAUAAAGGUGGCACUCUGACGGUGGAUGAUGUUGCUACAAGACUGAUCAGCCUGCACCGUUCAGGCGUCUUGUGGGAGGGUUUGAUGGUGCCAUAUGCGGCGCUGCCGGACUGUAGAGAAUUCUUAGGAGGACGCGCGCCCAAUGCGAGCAAGGAUGAGUCACGGCGUUUGAUGGUCUUCUUACUGAGAAGACUGAUCGCUGAUACUUUCUAG